AUGGAACGAGAGCAACAACUGACACAACUACGUUCAUUUGACGAGGAAGUGCAAUUCAAUCCAGAAAACGCCCAAUCUUAUGCAACAAAAGGCUUUCUGGAAUCCAUCACUCAACUUGUGGCAUAUGGGCUGGAACAACAAGACGAUGGCACGGAUCAGUACAAGGAAGAGCUCAAGAUUAUCAAGGACUCGAUCAGAGCCUUUUCAACCAUCUUGCCAACGCUAUAUAGAACUGUUUGCCAGAACGAAGCAGAAACCCGUCUAUGGGAACUCACCCGAUCAUUAAUGACAUUGGUAGAGACCAAGUUGGUUCAGCAUGCUAAUACAGGUGUUUGCAUUACUGCCAUCAAAUGUCUACAAGUGAUUGUUCUGCUACUGUCCAAGUCAUCCCAGUUGCGAGUCGACCAUCGACUAUUAAAUGCACAAGAAUUGGAAAAAGAAGCAGCAGACGUAUUCAAUACGAUUAUAGGCUUCUUAAAGUCGGAUACAGAAUCUAUAUUGACAGCUACCAUCAGUUGCUUGACCGUGAUUGUGAAAAAGAGACCUCAGCAUGUAAAACCCGUUGUCAGCGCAUUCACAGCAUGGAAAAAGUCGAGAUCCAACAAGGACGAUUCUCCCGUCAUGAUACGCAACGUCGAGAAAGCGCUGAAAUUAGCAUUUAUAUCCAUGAUCAAGACAGAGGCACUGUCAUCACAGCGCUCCGAACUGAUUUCUGCAUUUGGAUCGAUUGGAGGCAACGUGGCUAUAUUCCAGCGACAUCAACGAGCGGAAGAAUCGAGACGUCAAAAGAGAGCAGCUCAGCAGCAGCAACAUGACGCUGAAAGAGAGAAGCGAGCCAGAACAUCUACAGAAUAUGUGUUGCCACCUCCAUCACCCAACAUGCUUGUCAAUUACGAUAUCACACAGAUCCCGCUGCAUGGCAUUGUGAACUUGUGUAUGCAAGUGUUACAGGCGGUGCCUAUCGAGGUCAUGUCAGAGAGAGUCGCCUUGUUACCUGCAGAGGGAGUGAGAUUGGCAGUGACAAGACCAGGCUUUGUGCGCUCUACAACGCCCCCUUAUCCACCACCACCUCAUCAGCCUCAGUACAAUACCAACCCUCGAUUCAAGACGGAGGAGCAAAAGAUCAAGGAGGAGCAAGAGGCAGCAAAGCAAGUCAAGCUGGAGAAUAAGCUGGAUUCAGAUGAGGACAUGGAUGAAGCUGUGUCUGCUGUACCUCAACCUCUUGCUGUUGCAGCAGCACAGGAGCAUGUGCAAGAAGACAAGCCCAAGGUACAAGUAUUAGCGAGCGUGGAAGAGCGCGCUAGUCAAGCCCUGAGGAUGCAGCCGUACGAGUUGGCAAAGGAGACCCAUUUGAGUGAUAGCGAUAAGAAGGCCAUGCUAAAGAUGUCGGUUCAACGCAUUCUCCAAGCCGAGAAGUCGUUCCAAUCCAACACUGCGUUCAGCGACACGACACGAAAGGCCAUCUCCAACGACACCACAACCAGUACAGCACCCGCAUCUACUCCAUCCUCAUCCGCCGUACCCGCCACUACUGCCACCGCCACCACCACCAGCAGCAGUAGCACAUUGUCAACAUCAUCGCAGAGCCAGAAUAUUUGGUUACUAUUGGUAGCCAAGCUCAUCACACGAGGCACCAAUAUGCAUUACAUGCCUACUGAAUUUAAACGAGAACAUGACACAGAUAUGACAGAAGCAACCGAGGAGCAGGACGACAAAAAGAUGGUUAUUAUGGAAGACACGGAAGUCGAUUUACGAGAGUUAUUAUUAGAUUUCAUCAUCGAGGAAUUUGCAUCGAGACAUGAUCUGGCGCUAGAAUGGUUGCAUGAAGAAUAUCUGCUGGACAAACGCAACCAACGACUCGAUGCUGGCUAUAUACCAAACUACUUUUACUGGUUUCAUAAACUAUUAGAAAGAGCUAUUCCUACUCUGGAUGCCAAAGACCGCAUCCUGACCAAGGUACUCUUGGAAGCACCUGAAUUGGACGACAAGACCAUCGAUUUGGUCAAACAAAACUUAGACAGUGUGCCUGAACGAUUUGUGCCUUGUGUAUCCACAUUACGUAGUCUGAUCACCAAUAGACCGACUGUUCGAUUUAUGGCGCUGCAAGUCUUGCUGGAUUUGUGUACCAACGAGAAUGACAAAAUGAGAAGAACAAGCAUUGUCGCUGUCAAGAAGUGGAAUGCCAAUCAAGCAGACAUCAAUCAUAGAGUAGAAACAUUUUCAAUAGAGGCAUUGCAUGUAUUGACUGGUGAAAAGAGCCCGACUGAUGCUGUUACAGAAGAAGCACCCGAGGAAGAGGAAACGGACCAAGAGGAGAAGAAGCAAGAGGCAACUGCAUGGACAGAAAAGGAUGUUGUUCGACAUGCAGAACUUUAUUUUGUGCUCUGCACCAAGAGGCCAAGCUUAUUAAAAGAAUUGUUCUCGGUAUACAUCGAAGCAUCCGAAUCUGUGCAAAGUUACAUUCGAUCGCAAAUGGUAAACAUGGUAAGAGCGAUCGGUAUGCGCUCUCAGGAUUUGCUUCAACUGGUGCGCGAAUUCCCCCCCGGUGGCGAAACGUUGGUGGUUGGCAUAUUGUCCAUCUUGUGUGAAUCAAAACCGCCUACACGUGAAAUCGUUGCCGCCCUUCAAGACAUUGCACCACUUGCGCAAGAGAGAUCAAUUGAUCUAAGUAGUUUAGCACCUCUUCUAGCAGGUCAAAGCUUAUCAUCUGCCGCUGCUGCUCAUGAUGAAAGCACUGCUGUAUCCUCUACUCUACAAUAA